GUGGGGCUAGCUUCAGUACAGGUCGGACCAACACGCGUGUUGGAAGAGGGAACAAGUGAGAGGAGCGAGAGAAAAAGUGAAAGUGACAUUACAGGGAAAGGCUCGACGUUGUAGACCAGGGUCCACUUCUUUUUUUGUAUUUAUACACUCCCCUCCUUACGUGUCCUUGUUGUUCUUCUUUUUCUUUUUCUGUGUCCGCUAGUUUGGAAAGAAAAGAAAUCUCACCGCCUUCGAAAUGCCUGGAAAUAUGGCUCUCGUCAACGGGGUACAUGACACGGGGAACGUAGUCACGGGGAAUACACCGAAACAACUGAACGGCCUCACCGGCUCGACUAUACCCAUGAAAGACCACGACGCCAUCAAGCUAUUUGUCGGCCAAAUCCCGCGCAACCUGGAGGAGAAGGACCUCAGGCCUGUGUUCGAGGAAUUCGGCAAGAUCUACGAACUGACGGUACUGAAAGAUCGGUUCACGGGCAUGCACAAAGGCUGCGCUUUCCUGACAUACUGUGCGAGGGAGUCUGCCAUCAAGGCGCAAAAUGCACUACAUGAACAAAAGACACUGCCAGGGAUGAACCGUCCAAUCCAGGUGAAACCAGCCGACAGCGAGUCCCGGGGAGGUAAGACCAAGGACCGGAAGUUGUUUGUGGGCAUGCUCGGAAAACAGCAAACAGAAGAAGACGUGAGAAGGUUAUUUGACCCAUUCGGAACGAUAGAGGAAUGCACCAUUCUGAGGGGUCCUGAUGGACAAAGUAAAGGCUGUGCCUUUGUCAAGUUCAGCUCUCAUGCAGAAGCGCAGGCCGCCAUUAACAACCUACAUGGGAGUCAGACCAUGCCUGGAGCAUCUUCUAGCAUUGUAGUGAAGUUUGCAGACACUGACAAGGAGCGUCAACUGCGGAAGAUGCAGCAAAUGGGGCUGAACCCCAUGGCCAUGUUCAACCCCAUGGCUCUUUCACAGUUUGGAGCCUACGGUGCAUAUGCACAGCAGCCGUCCUCCCUCCCCACGCAGCUGAUGCAGCAGCAGGCAGCCCUGAUGGCAGCCGCCGCAGCCCAGGGGGGGUACAUGAACCCGAUGGCAGCGAUCACUGCAGCUCACAUGCAGCAGAUGUCUGCCAUGGCCAACAUGAACGGCAUCACCAAUGGAGUCACACCUCCAGCUGGUAACCCUGCCACCAUGAAUGGAGUGGUUCCCAAUGGCAUGCCUUCUCCAGUUGGAGUCAGCAGUUUCAACAUGGCGCAGGCCAAUGGUCAGGCUGCCGACCCCUCCACCUACACCAAUGGCAUGCCUCCUUAUCCAGUACUUUGUUUGCUUUCAGCCCCCGGGACCCCAACGGGUGACCCUGCCCACCAGUAUCCAGGCAUACAGCAGUACCCAGGUACAGAAGAGGAAAGUUUUCAGUGGCACAGUCUGGCAUACCCCUGGACCAAUGGGCAACUCUCCCAGGCCUUCGCACAGCAUCCUCCCAUCAUGCCUCAGCAGCAGAAGGAAGGUGAGGCAUAUCCCAUGAUCCUUCAUGAUGGUCACUCAACUCCAACUGGGCCGGAGGGGUGCAACCUCUUCAUCUACCACCUUCCUCAGGAGUUUGGCGAUGCUGAACUCAUGCAGAUGUUUAUGCCUUUUGGCAAUGUCAUCAGCGCCAAGGUGUUCGUGGACCGUGCCACCAACCAGAGUAAAUGCUUUGGGUUUGUGAGUUUUGACAAUCCUGCGUCUGCCCAAGCUGCCAUCCAGGCCAUGAACGGGUUCCAGAUUGGGAUGAAACGCCUCAAGGUUCAACUGAAGCGACCAAAGGAUGCCAAUCGCCCGUAUUGACCUCCUAACUUGUGCUAAACUACUGAAAUCAGGUUCUCAAUGAAGUGGCUUUGGUGCAAUAUUGAAAGCUGACUGAUGAAAAAGGAGGUGGGAUCUCUUGGCAACCAUUGUCAUGGACCCAGAUGCCAGACUUUAGACUACAGUGGGACAUAUAUCUACAGCGAUUGUUGCUAGGUCAACUAUAGGUGAAAUGUAAACAAUUCUUACCCAUGUAGUGAGGGACCAAUAAUGUUCACUGAAGUAAACGAAAAAACAAAUCGGACGCAGAUGCACAAUUGGUGCACGGCCUGCUGGGAAUAUGACCUAUGACCUAUGAAAAAAUGCCGAGGUUUGUGAAUGCUGUCACAGGAUUCAUAAAGUUACGGCAGGCUUUCUAUAAUCAUGCGUCUGUACAGUAACAUGCCAUCAUUUUUAAUUGUAGAAUAAUAAUUACAAGUUCGAGUUAGGGCAGUAGAGAUACAACAAUAUAGGAACAUAGGUAUAACCAAACUUAGAUGAAAACGACUUGUAGAAUUCUCGAGAGAAUGUUUCUUAUAGAUUUCUCAGAACAAGAACCAUUUUAUAGCCUAGAGUAGUGCUGAUUUCCAGAAAUCAGGGAAAUCGCGGUCACUUUAUAGGAAUGGCUACCAGUAGGACGUGUAGAAAUGAGUAGGAAUUCAAACAAGCCCCAAAUCUUAGAUGAUAAAAAUCAUCUGAAAAUGUAGAAGUAAAUGAAAUGCAUUUCGUAUUAAUCUUAUCGAUAAAGAGGGCAACAGCUUGGGACACAAAUGCUUAAAAGCAUAUUAGAAAUAAAAGCGCUUCAUAUGCGUAUACAUAUUAAGGUAAUUUGUAGAACAAAACAAAAAUUGGACUACCCCAGAUAUGUAGGAACAUUCCAAUGUAAUAUACCAAGAGGGGUGCACCUGUCUACACUAGCGCAUCUGGCUACAAAACCAAAUGUGACAGGUGUGAAAAAAAAUGGAAAAAAAUUCUUGCUCGGGGCUCAGUGCACAUAUGUAUGAUAUUCAACUGACAAGAGAUGGUUUCUGUUGCGCAAUUUUUCAGGCAUCACCAAUCAACAAACUAGUGUGUGACACUGUAUACAACAGAUUUUUAAAGCAUUUCCAUUUGAAAGUUUUACCUAAUAUUUAUCACCAUUUCAAAACAAAAGCUGUAGUUUGUAUUACCUUAGUAUACUUAUUGUCUUGUGUAUUGAGUACGUAUUAUUCUUGUUUUUAAAAGAAGGGAAUAAUUGCUAAGCAGUCUGACAAAUGAACAGAGAUGCUGAUUAUAGAAAGAUAGUCAUAUCUAUGUAUUUGCAUACAGUGCCACUCAGACUGGGAUGCACUAUUGCUAAACCCAGAGGAAAAUUGUGUCAACUGUGGGUUGGUAAAUGGUGAAGUUUGUUUUAGGGUAUAAUUGUCGUAUCGUCACAAAUAUCUUAAACAGGGUUGAUUUUAAUCAUCUUAAUUACUCUUGAGAUUAUUAGACAUUUCUUCACCAAUCGUGGACACCAAAAUUACAUAUCAGAGGUGUAGAAUUUUAUCGGAAGAUGACAAAAAGAUUUAUUUGACAAUCUGAGACAUUACUUCGCUAAGUGAUGUAAAAACUACACUACUGAUACCCCUUUUUUGCCGUGGUAUGUUCCUUACCUGUGGCAUUUACAGAAUGAAUGCAUACAGUUUCGGAGCAUACCAUUCAGUUAAGAGGGGUGUUCUGUAUUAUAACAUGAUAGAGACGCUAAAGAUGUAGAUUUUGUGUUGUGCCAAACAGUGACUAGAGAUAAUUCUAUUUAUUGUGUUUGAUUUGUGACGUGAUAAUUUAUUGAUCAACUUCUAUUUAUUACUAUUUAUUGAUGCCAUUAUUAUUGGCUGAUGUUAAGGUAGGGAUGAUUAAUUAAGUUAUUCAUUAAUUUAUUGUUAAGUUAAGGAAAGAUCACUUGCUGCCUUUUCUCUAGAAUGCCUAUAGGGUAAAACUCUUCUCAACAUAAAAAUCAUACACACCAAAGCAUGCAUGGCUUGGCCUUUCAUUAAUUAUGUUAAUGAGGGCAUUUUUUGGUGACGCCUCCGAGGCGAAGCCCGCUUUUUCCUGUUUUGAUCACCCAGCGCCCAUGAGAAGCUAUGGAACUGUCAACAAUUGUAAAGGAACAUGCCAUUAAAGUUAAAGGGGGUGGUUCAUCUACCAAGAAGGGAACUAAUAUAUCUAGUGAGGGUAGGAGAGUACUAAGGCUAUAAAUGAAAGUGUAGACACUACCAUUGCAAUUGUAAACUUCAUGCUUAAGGAAUGAACAAUGGCAGGUAUAAUAUUUAGAAAAGGCUGGAAUGUGGAAUGUACUUAGCUGUGCAAAUUGGUUAGUUUGUACAAGUAUGCUACAAAACAAUCAUCUUUAAGUUGCCAUCGUCUUCAUUUAUGAAAAUACUUUCAAACAGCUGUUUGCUCCACAGAUGGAUGAAAUUAGGAGAUAUACUUCAGGAUAUUGUGUGACAUCCAUCACUCUUCUUCAGUGUCACUACGGUGAACUGGCAGGACAAAGUGACGCUGAAGAAGAGUGGAUGUCACUCGAAACAUCCAGAAGUAAAUCUCUGAACUUCAUCUACUUGUAGAAAUUGAACUGCCUUUAACUAUUGUUAAUCUGGAUGCCUAACCAUAAUAAUGGUUUCAUGGUCUGAAAUGAAGAGGUUCUUGCACAGCUAGCCAAGUUGCACAGCUUACAAUGGAGGAACUGUUGUAAGACUGAAAGGCAUUAACACGUGUAAUGUUACCUCAUCUAUAAGCACAGCAACUUUUUACCAACAUUGCUUCGAUAUAUAUCAAAACCCUCGCCCUUCUGUGAACUUGAUACGGUCCAGUUUCCUCUGGUUGUCGUCAGAUUUUGGACGGUACCAUGUGUCAUGCAGGGAGGACAGCAGGGGAAAAGUCAUGCUCUUGGAGCAUUAUCCACUAAGCCUAAUCUUAUAAAUGGCCCAUAGGUUCCAUAUAUUCCUUAGGGUAACAUGUACUUAACAAUGCUGGUGAAAGGACCUAGUCUACAAAAUGCUUGAGAAUUCACCUAAAGUACUGAAAAGGUGAGAUGUAUAUAGAACAACGCACCGGCAGCCUUUUGUCUAGAAUUUACUAAGAGGAUGUACAAUGAAGAAAAAAUCUUGACACUGAGGAGCAUCCAAACUUACCGGGCUGCACGUUAACGCUUACAUUUUCAUCAGGGUGAUUCUGGCUACUGGUCAAGAAUUGAUAUCACAAACUUGAUGUUGUAAGACCAAUAGAUGGUACCACAUCACAUCACAGGUUAUGCUGUUUUUUGGCAAUGCCUCAGGGGUAGAGCCUUCUUUAUUCCUGUUGAGUCAGAGAAAUGUGUAACCCAAAAUGUGACAUGCUUAGAAAUGAAAGAGUAGAAAAAGACACUUGAAAGAGUUGUGUGCCAUUAUACUUGUCACAACUACAUGUACAUGCACAAUAAUUGCUAAACUGUACCAUUUUGAAGGGUAAUGUGACUACUAUUACAUAACAGCGACCACAUUUUGUCAACCAGCAAGAAGUAAGGUGUGACCAGACAUUAAGAAAUUGUAUUGUCUUUCAUUCUUCUGCUGUUACGAAGAAUCCACAACCAGGGCUAUCUCUACGGAUUCAGAAGCUCAUUGAUUGGCAACAGACCAUCAACACCAUCACAUAGAAAUGUUACUAUCAAUUGGACCAAAGUAAUCAAUGAGUGUAUACAUGUCCUUUCUUUCCCUAUCCCCAACCACAUACAUGUGAACUUGUUGCAGUCAAUUGUUAGGAAAGGAUGAUGUCAAAGAUUUUUCGGUAUCACUGGAGAAUGGAUUACAUGUUCCUAAGUUUGGUCAUGUUGUGGUUUGAAACAGGCGUGUGUUUUUGUUUGGGGUGUGGUUCCUGGUAAUUUUGGGGUGCUCCCAGUCCAGCCUGUACAGAUGAUAUAUCUACCAUAGGGAGAUAAUAAAACAACGAAUAUUUACUAUCA